AUGGCUUCCAACUACAUUGCCUUUGUGCUUUUCCUCCUCCCUCUAUUGUUUGCCGGUGAGGCAGCGCACCAAAAGAAUUCUAUCCCAUCAAUAAUCCCUGGCUCAAUUAUUUCUCCAAGAACUCAUCACAAAAUUUCAUGGCCAUCUCCUUCUGGCCAAUUUGAGUUUGGCUUUUAUGCCUAUGGCCAUGGCUUUGCUAUUGGAAUUUGGUUGGUGGGUAACAAUAACAGAAACACUGUCAUAUGGACUGCAAAUCCCGAUGAUCCUCCAGUAGCAUCAAAUGCAGUUCUAGCAUUUAAUCAAAAUGGUCUUCUCCUGAUUGAGGCAGAGCAAGAGAAACUAAUUGCUAAUUCAAGUCUUUCUCUUACUUCAGCUUCCAUGCUUGACUCUGGUAAUUUUGUUCUUUACGAUGAUUCCCAUAUCGCUUGGCAGAGUUUUGAACAUCCCACGGACACUAUCCUAGGAGGUCAGGUCCUGUCAGCCGGGGAUCGAUUGCUCUCUGGUUUAUCAGAAACCAAUCAUUCAAGCGGAAGGUUUCAACUGAUUAUGCAAUCUGAUGGUAAUCUAGUCCUCUACACGGCAAACAAUAUUGAGGACACAAGUAAAGUACCAUACUGGAGCUCAGGAACUCAUUUUGAGCAGUCGACGAACUUUACGUAUCGCCUUUUUCUAGACAGUAUUUCUGGAGUUCUACACAUCGACGUUGAAAAUACACCUAGUGGUACACAGAUCUUAAGUAUCUGGAAUGCCGGCGGAGUCGCAAAUUCUACGGACCACAACCGAAAUGGUACAAUAUAUCGUGCAACACUUGGUCCUAAUGGAAUGCUAAGGUUGUAUUCUCAUGACAAUGGUGAUGAGUACGGGAAACCUAAAGAAGAUUAUUUGAUUUGGUCAGCACUGAGAUAUGCUUGCGAUGUUAAUUUUUGCGGCUUUAACAGCUUCUGCACAACCUUAGAAGGCCAGCAACCCACUUGUAGAUGUGUUCCUGGAUCUGUUUUUGUUGACUUGAAUGAGAAGACUCAUGGCUGCUUCAAGGAUUAUAGAGAUGGUUGUAGAGAUGGGAAGGAAAAUAUAACCCUUUACAGCAUCGACCAAAUAGAGAAUAUAACAUGGUAUGGUAUUGCUUAUAAUGAAGCACGGAUGUCCAUGGAAGAAUGCAAGAACUCUUGUUUGGAAGAUUGCUAUUGCGGAGCAGCACUCUACCAAAAAGAUAAGUACAAAAGCUAUAAUGUUUGUUUGAAACACAAGCUCCCUUUAGAGUAUGUUAGAAGGAAUAUUUAUCAAGAAUUUAAUACUAUGGCUUUCUUCAAGGUGGGAAAGAGCACAAAUACCACUAUUUCCGCGACCAACCAUGAUCGACCUACAAAAUUCCAAUUCACAAACAAAAACAUUUAUUUUCAAAUUCUUUUUUUAGCUUUAGGUUUGGCUAUUUUUUCGUGUGUUUCCAUCACAAUCUCUUGCCUUUACAUUUUCAAAAUUCGAAUUCUGAGGUAUAAAAGGCUGAGGCUGGGGGAGAUUAAGGGACAACAUGGAUUGGGUGAUGAGGAACUUACUUUGAGGGUGUUCUCUUACAAUGAGCUUAAAAAAGCAACAAACGGUUACAAAGAAGAGUUGGGCAAAGGCGGAUUUGGAGCAGUUUAUAAAGGGACACUAAACAAAGGUCAGAAACUUGUUGCGGUGAAAAAGCUUCAUAAGUUAAUUGAAGAAGGUGAAAAAGAGUUCCGUGCUGAGAUGCGAGCCAUUGGUAGAACUAACCACAAGAACUUAGUUCGGUUGAUGGGUUACUGUGCUGAGGACUCGAAAAGGCUUCUGGUUUACGAAUAUAUGAGCAAUGGCUCCCUAGCCGAUCUUCUUUUUAAACAAGUACAUCGCCCAUAUUGGGAUGAAAGAGUAAGAAUUGCUAUAGAAGUUGCCAAAGGUAUCCAUUAUCUACAUGAAGAAUGUAAGAACCCGAUCAUUCAUUGUGACGUAAAACCACAAAACAUUUUGAUGGAUGAUUUCUGGACUGCUAAAAUCUCGGACUUUGGGCUAGCAAAAUUGUUAAUGCCUGAUCAAACAAGGACUUUUACUAGAAUCAGAGGGACAAGAGGGUACAUGGCUCCGGAAUGGGAGAAGAACACUCCAAUUACGGUGAAGACAGAUGUAUAUAGUUAUGGAAUUGUACUUCUGGAAAUUAUAUGCUGCAGAAAGAACUUGAAAGUUGAUGUAGAAAAUGUAGAAGAGAUUGUUCUAUCAAGUUGGGUGUACAGGUGCUUUGUUCAUAGAGAUCUCGAUAAGCUUGUGGUUGGAGAAGAUGUCGAUAGAAAGACCUUAGAGAACAUGGUUAAAGUGGGCUUAUGGUGUAUUCAAGAUGAACCAUUUCUUCGUCCUUCUAUGAAGAGUGUGGUGUUGAUGUUAGAAGGGUUUACCGAUAUUGCUUCACCUCCAUGUCCUACCUCUGCAUCUGUAUGUGAGCUGAGAAGAAGCAUGUGAUUU